ACUCGGCGCCUCACUUAUAUGUGUUGUUUUUUUCACAUACAUUGUUCUCGUGGUUUACGGAAAAGUAGGCCUAAAAUGUUAUAGUGUCUAAAAACAAUAUUCAGUUAAUGGAAUUACACUUUUUUCCAUUACUGCUUGCUUGAUAUUGCCCUAACAACUUUUUCAUGAAUCAAUUUUGAGCAUUAUGUUUACAACGUAGUUAUUAUAGCACGAAUUAUGAGUCUAAAAUGCCAAAUACUUGCAACUAUUAUGUUAAUCACUGAAAUCUUCGUGUACUAAUUGCUCGCUAUAAGCUAGGUUAUUGCGCCCCUAAACCAACGUACUGACAACGCUACCUCCCCGGAACUCAAACUUUAACCUUUACUGCACCCCUGCUGCUGCGGUAGUGAAUCAAGGUCAUAAGUCCACCUGGCAGGAUGUCGUUCAGGCCAUUGGAUACCACAACAUGGACAAAGUUUCAAGAAGCAGCAAAAUCGCAUCGGGAUUUGGAAAUGGCAAAAUCUGUGUUGUCGCCUGGAAUGGACUUGAAUUCAAGUAUGGGCAUAACGGGGACGCCACUGUGCGCUGCAAUUGAAGCUGGUGCUCUGGAGUUGGUCCAGAAGCUUUUGCUAUUAGGAUGUGACGUGAACAAGAAUAAUGAGGAUGGAGAGUCCCCACUGUCGCUUGCAAUUAGGAAGAAAAAUGUGACCAUGAUUAUCUUACUGAUUGAGGCUGGUAGCAAUGUCUCCAAUGAUCAGAGCAAAUUGGGUGAUUUGCCGCUUUGUGAUGCAGUCCGCUUCAACUGGUUUUCUGUGGUUGAAAAACUGUUAGAGUUUGGUGCUGAAGUGAAUGCUCUAAACUAUGACUGUGACUCCGCAUUGCACUUGAGUGUCUCUUUGGGCCAUCGGAAAAUGACUGGUCUUCUCCUGGCUCAUGGCGCUGAUCCAUUGGCUUAUAACAACAAUGGUGAGUCUAGUGUUCAUGUGGCUGCAAUGAUGGGUGAUUUUAGGGCCAUCGAGACUAUUGUUAGAUUUGCAAAAACACACCAGGAUUUGGACGCUAGCUUGAGCUCAUCCAAGAAUGAGAGAUGUCCAUUGGCUGCGAAGUAUCUUGACCACAAGCAGGGACUGACUGGGCGCACUUCACUCCACAUUGGUGUCACGAAUAGUUGUGUUGAAAUAGUGGAGUAUCUGAUCAAAGCUGGGUGUAACGUUAAUGCCUGUUCAAAUGAUGGAGAGACACCAUUGUCCCUGGCUUGCUGUGACAGCAACUCUUACCUGGUGAAACUACUUGUGGAGGCUGGAUGCAACGUCAAUGCCCCAGCAUUUGAUCGUAUGCAUCUCCGCUUCAGGACCUUGUCUUCAAAAACGUACCCACUUCUGAUAGCAGUGUGCAAGGGCUCACUUCCAAUUUUCAAGUGUCUCAUCGAGGCUGGAGCGGAUAUAAACUCAGUCAAUGAAAAAGAGAACAGUUCACUUUCAAUCGCAUUGCGAUUAAUCUGCACUGAUAUUGUCGAUUACAUUUUGAAUGUUGGUCGCGAAAAAGGACUUGACCUGAAAACAAUCAUCAAGAAAAAGCAUGGACGGAAUCCACUUCUCGAUGUUGUUAAUCUUGGCUAUGAUGCACCUAGUGUUGCGGAAAAACUGAUUGACCUUGGUUGUCCCCUUGAUUGUUCUGGGCGUAAUAAUUACAUGUCUCCCCUCCAUGCCGCAGUGGAACAAGAAUGCUUGGACUUGAUGCGGACUUUACUGAGCCAUGGUGCAGACAUGAGGUUGUAUGACAGGGAUGGCCACAUGCCGCUACACUUGUGUGCCAUCUAUGGUUUGGAAGGUCCACUUCAAGUCCUACUGGAGAACGGUGCCGAUGUGAACUGGAGAGCUGAAGACGGUGACUGUAGUCUUGUUCUAGCGAUCGCUAAUUGCAAUUCACAUAUAAUAGAACUGCUUGUAAGAGGUGGGCACCGUUUGCCAGUGUACCCUUUCCUUGAGGAGGUUGAAAUGUGUGAGGAAUUAAAAGUGAGUGAUAUUUGCAACGUCCAGGAUUUGGUAGAGUUGUUGUUACAUGUAGAAUUGGAGAAGGAAGAGCCGGAGUUGUUCCAGCUGAUGAAAUCCAUGUCCCGGCUCCCAGCCUCUCUUGCACAGCAUAGCACGCGGGCUAUCAGAAACUAUUUUGUUACCCGUCAAAUCCCACUUAAUAAGAUUGAGCAAGUGGUCUUGCCGUCUUCACUCAAAUCCAUGAUUCAAAUGAAGGAUUUCUUGGAAAUAUGAAUAAAAAGUCAACUCACCAUUAGGGUCUACUUUGGUACGUGUUUGAAGCAGAUUUUGACGUUGAAUGGUCUUGUAAAAAACCUUUUAGAAUGGACGUCUACAGAGGUAGUUUUUGAAGCGCCACAGGCGUCAUCCAUAGUGGAUUUGCCCUCAAGUUGCGAAUUACACUUUUCCUAAGAAACCAUUUAGAUUUUAGCUCACUGGUAAAGUAGAGCCUCCCCUGCUUUGUGCCGUUGCAAUUGUUCCUCUUGCCUGGCGAUGGCUUCUCUAAUACUCUUAGAACAACUAAAUGUCUUUGAUACUGCCGACAAUGUACAGAUUAUUGGUGGACAGCAUGAUAGAAGGUGGUCAGCAUCGAACUUUAUCUGAAACUGCAAGUCACCUUACAAGCUGGUCAUGUUUUUUUACAUCCAAUGGCAGUUUUUGUCAAAUGUAUUCAACCAGAAACAAAUAAAAAAUGGAAGCGUCUGUAUAUCUUA